AUGGUCUCGCAUACGAACCGCCUCUACCUGCGUCGCCUCCUACGCUCACGCUUCCCCAAGAUAGUCUUCAUUCUCGUCGUCAUAAUCAACGUUCUCGAUGUCCUUCGAAUUCAUAGAAACCUACUCGAUGCCGAUCGUACUCCAGCCGCGAAGCUCUCGCAGCCUCCAGGGCGCAUCUAUAUCGCAAGCAUGCACUUCAAUAACGAGCGCGUAAUUAGAGAUCACUGGGGUCCUGCGGUGAUAGAACUUGCAAAGCUUUUCGGGCGAGAGAAUGUCUUUGUCAGUGUUUUUGAGAGCGGGAGCUGGGACAAGACUAAAAGAGAGCUCCAUCACAUGGAUCAGGAGCUCGAGAAACUGGGAGUUCCCCAUCGGGUGGAGAUGUCGGAUGUCACGCAUAAAGAUGAGAUUGAGAAUCCGAAUAAGGGAGAAGGCUGGAUCGACACACCUAGGGGAAAACGCGAGUUAAGAAGGAUACCGUAUCUCGCAAAGCUGAGAAACAAGACGUUACAGGACUUGAUAGACCUAUCCAAGAAAGGAGAGCAUUUCGAUAAGGUUCUCUUCCUCAACGACGUCGUCUUCACGACAGACGAUGUGCUCAAGCUCCUUGGCACGAAUGGCGGCGACUACGCUGCAGCUUGCUCACUUGAUUUCUCGAAACCACCGCAGUACUAUGAUACAUUUGCGCUGAGGGAUACAAACGGACAGGCGCAUGCAAUGUCUACCUGGCCGUAUUUCAAGGGCAGUGUUUCGAGGAAUGCUCUUGUUAAUCACUUGGACGCUGUGCCUGUUGCGAGCUGCUGGAAUGGAAUUGUCGCCAUGCCCGUAGAGCCUUUUACUUCAUCGUCGAAGCUGCGCUUCCGAGGUAUUCCGGACUCUCUGGCUGAACACCACCUCGAAGGCUGUGAAUGCUGCCUUAUCCACGCUGACAAUCCCCUUUCCAAAACUAGAGGUGUAUACCUCAAUCCUCAUGUCCGCGUAGGUUACAACCUACAUGCAUACCAAGCUGUGCAUCCCGAACAAGGCGCAUGGGUGUCGACAUGGCAGAUCUUCUCUGGUCUCUGGAUCAAUCGCAUAAUGCGGUGGGUAUCAUCACCGUUUGACGCAUGGGUGGUCAGGGGUCGUGUUGCAGAGUGGGAGAAAUUAGGGGGGAGAGAGCCUGGCGAGUUUUGCCUGAUUAACGAGAUGCAGGUUCUUGUUGAAAGAGGUUGGGCACAUGUUUAG